GUCAAUAAGAAGAUUUAACAUAUAAUAGUAUCUUCAUCACAUUUAUAAAUAAUAGGAGUACUAGUAUUCAAAAGAUAGCAAUUAUUUCAUUUCAAAUUAGUUUUCCAUCAUGAGCAUUUUUUACCAAGAAGUGGAAGAACCUACCAAAAAAUGCAAAUGCCUUGCUUCAGUUCUCAAGCAUACAUUUGCGAAAUGCCAUUUUUUACGAGGAAAUCUGCAUUCGACGCCUGAACCAGAAGAGCCCCCCAACGACUUCGACCAAGAAGAGGAGAUAUUCGUUUCAGCAAUCAUAAGCAAGUAUAUGGAGUCGAAAAGCAAACGGAAAUCAAGCAAUUUUGGAAUAGAUAGCAUUUACUGGGCAGCAGCAGGAGAAAUCGAGAGAGGCGAAAAUGGUGUGGAGAAUGCAGAGGAGUAUUUCUCCGCCGGCAGCGGUGUAUCGAGUUUUGAUGCAUUCGUCACUGCCAAGACCACGUGUUUGUCACGAUGCUCGAGCUUCAACGCCGUCGAUUUUCAAGAUUUCGAUAAACGAAGAUCGUUAAUUCUUGAGUUGAUUCACUGCCAAGGCUGGCCUUUCGGGCUUUGGAGGAAGGCGUUGUUGCUACCUCCUUUGCCCAAAUCUCCUUCUGAUUCUUGGCUGUGGACCAAGAGUGGCAGAAUCGUUAAAAUAAUUGGAUCAUUUUAAAAAACCAUUAUAAGCUAUUUUUUUUAUCAAAUUUUACUACGAACUUUCAAUCACUAGCUGAGAGUAUUUUAAUAAAUAAUUUUUUAUAAAUGUAAAUUUAUAUUUUAUUUUAGGGAUUAUAGCCCAAAAAUACACAAACUUUGACAAAAGUUGCAAUUUUCACGUGAACUUGAAUUAGAAUCAUUACAAAUCAAUAAUGAAGUUUACAACUCUUGUUUUUCGUUGGAUGUAAAUUGUGUAGUUGCAAACAUCUGUGGUCUUUUUGUGGCUAUGGGCAGUAAUGAAACAUAUUUUAAGC